AUGUCCAAGACGGCCCAUCCUGGUGUCGGGGAAACCACUCCUCAGACCAAUCCCCCAGCGCAGAUCCAUCAUCCGCGCCGAGGUUCUGCCUUAAUACGCUUCCGUUGGCCCAGGGCCGUCUCAUUCAAGGGCGGGGUACGCAAGUAUGUACGCAAGUACGCAGUAUGCUCGAUGGUUGAGGCAUCCCAUAUUGUUGCGCGCGUUUGGGAGAUCCGCUGUGUCAGACGAGCGGGCUGCUUCUGGACGGCAGCGCAGCCCGCUGGCGCCACAAGCGGCGAAUCCUCUUAUCGCGGCGGCCAAUUCAUUCCCACAUGGGACGGAUACAGAAGUACAGGGCAACAGACCGAUGUCACCGUACGUACCGGAUGCAUGCGAAAAGAGAAGAGAAAACGAGGGGCAGCAAGCGGCGUCGACCCUCGGAAGCGUUUGGAUGGGUGUUAUCAGAGGACCAUUAAGACCCAGUCCUGUUGCAACAACCUCCCCCGCCUGCCGCAGAAAGCGUCUCCACUCACUGAACGCCGUGACCCGGCUUCGGCGUAG